UUUGACUGACGCACACACGCACAGUGCGCCCACACGCGCGCGCCCACAGAAGCAGCAGCCGAAGCAUCCUCCGCGCCUCCUCCUCCUCCCUGCGCUCGUCAUCAUCAUCUUCACCUUCACGCGAGCGGCAUGAGGUGGUCCGGCUGCUAGGAGCUCGUCGCGUCCCCUCCCACCCCCGGCCCCAGCAUGCUCUUCGACACCUUCGACCUGCUGUCUGCGCUGGCCGCGCUGGCGGCGUGCGCGCUGUGCGUAGCGCUGCUGCUCGCCGUGUCACAGCAGCUGUGGCAGCUGCGCUGGACCGCCACGCGGGACAAGAAGUGCAAGCUGCCCAUGCCCAAGGGCUCCAUGGGCUUCCCUUUCAUCGGCGAGACGUGCCACUGGCUCCUGCAGGGUUCGAGUUUCCACGCCUCGCGGAGACAAAAGUACGGCAACGUGUUCAAGACGCACCUGCUGGGCCGCCCGCUGAUCCGCGUGACGGGCGCCGAGAACGUGCGCAAGGUGCUGAUGGGCGAGCACACGCUGGUGACGGUGGACUGGCCGCAGAGCACCGCUGCCCUGCUCGGACCCAACUCGCUCGCCAACAGCAUUGGCGACAUCCACCGCAAGAGGAGGAAGGUGUUUGCCAAAGUGUUCAGCCACGAGGCCUUGGAGUCGUACCUGCCCAAAAUCCAGCAGGUGAUUCAAGAGAGCUUGCGAGUGUGGAGCUCCAACCCCGAGCCCAUCAAUGUCUACAGGGAGAGCCAGAGGUUGUCCUUCACCAUGGCGGUGAGGGUGCUUCUUGGAUUUCGGGUCUCCGAGGAGGAGAUGAAGCACUUAUUCUCCGCCUUCCAGGACUUUGUCAACAAUCUCUUCAGCCUGCCUAUCGACAUGCCCUUCAGCGGCUACAGGAAGGGUCUGCGAGCUCGCGACAAGCUGCAGAAGAGCAUCGAGAAAGCCAUCAGGGAGAAGCCGCUGUGUACGCACGGUAAAGACUACAGCGACGCUCUGGACGUCCUCAUGGACAGCGCCAAGGAGAACGGCGCCGAGCUCACCAUGCAGGAGCUCAAGGAGUCCACCAUCGAGCUGAUCUUCGCCGCCUUCGCCACCACGGCCAGCGCCAGCACCUCCCUCAUUAUGCAGCUCCUGCGCCACCCGCCGGUCCUGGAGCGCCUACGGGAGGAGCUGAGGGGGCGGGGCUUCCUCCAUAACGGCCGCCUGUGCCCCGAAGGAGAGUUGCGUCUGGACACCAUCGUCAGUCUCAAGUAUCUGGACUGCGUCAUCAAGGAGGUCUUGAGGCUCUUCACGCCCGUCUCAGGGGCUUACCGGACCGCCAUGCAGACCUUUGAACUUGACGGGGUGCAGAUUCCAAAAGGCUGGAGCGUGAUGUACAGCAUCCGAGACACCCAUGACACGUCGUCUGUCUUCAAGGACGUGGACGCCUUCGACCCCGACCGCUUCAGCCAGGAGCGCGGCGAAGACAAGGAGGGGCGCUUCCACUACCUGCCCUUCGGCGGCGGCGUGCGUUCCUGCCUGGGCAAGCAGCUGGCCACGCUCUUCCUCCGCCUCCUGGCCAUCGAGCUGGCCAGCACCAGCCGCUUUGAGCUGGCCACGCGACACUUCCCCCGCGUGAUCACCGUGCCCGUGGUCCACCCGGUGGACGGGCUGAAGGUCAAGUUCUACGGCCUGGACUCCAACCAGAACGAGAUCAUGGCCAAGUCGGAGGAGCUGCUCGGAGCCACCGUGUGAAGGCGUCGACGGGGGCGAUUGAAGGAGGGAAAAGAAGGACGCCACAUUUUCUUCUCCACGUUUUCGGACUAAUAGGAACAUUUUUUUUUCAUCUCCUGUUCCGACGGAAGAGGAAUAAGCUGCCGUAAGGAUUCUGCUCUCAACUUAACAAAAAAGUGAUGGAAUAUCUUGGGAAUGCAUCGAGGGGUGCCGGGGAAAUGAGGUGUUAGGCAAGGUGGAUCAAACAGGGUACCGGAGAACAGGAAGCAUUUGCUUCAUCCAAAUUGGUCAAUCAUCGGAGCAGGGUUAACAGGGGUGAUAAAGAUCCAGUCGUCCGGACGCAAAAAAAAAAAUCUAAAGUAAAACGUGAGCUAAAGUGUCGAGUUCAACUGCAUUCCCGUUGACUGAAAAUCACCUUGGUCUGGCUUCAGAAAUGCCUUUGGAAAGUUCGCUGCCUCCCAGCCUCCCCAUUGGCUAAAUCUCCCCGCCUGCUCACUUCCGACAUUAUUUCAUUGGAAAGUCGCCGAAGAGGGAGCGCGUCGGAAGCAAACGAGCACCCGCUUCCGAUGUACAUCCGAUGACAUGUAAACGCUGCUCGUCCUUGUCUUGUCGUCGUGUUUGUUCUUGAAUGUCGCUCCCGCUUUGAUGCUCCUCGCAAGCACGUCGAUAAAAAUAAAAAUAAAAGAAAAUCAUUCCAUCCCGGCGUCCCUCAAACCAACCAAAAGCCCGAGCGGCGCGGACCAAUGAGAUUUGAGGGGCGGGGCACGGGGAACGACCAAUAGCGUGGCUCGCCGUCCUGUCUUAACACACCACUGACUUGUUCAGGAAAACACAUGACGAGUAUUCUCUUUGCUGCUUCUUUGUGGACAUCGUCUCACGGAGACGUUGAGAUGUCCAAACGUGUUUGUUUUUGUCAAACUCACUUUGUCUCACUAGAUACACGUUAGUAGGCGCGAGCUAGCUAACUAGCGCAAUGAAAGAAACUGAUCAACGGUCAAGUACGUACAGUACACACGCGUCAGUUAUCUAAUUUGAAGGUCUGCAUUUUGUAUAAAUCAACACAAAAAAAAAAAAAAGAGCGUUCACAUGCUACUUCUUGAAAUCGUGUCAUACUCAAGCAAGCUCGCAAACCGCGGGAAGAAAAAAAAUCAGCUAUCGACUAAUAACCUAACAUUAUAAUGUUAUUAUUGUUGUUCUACUUUUUAUUCUACCACAGAGUGAUUUUAGUUUUGAGCCGAAAUGAGAAAAAAAAAAGGAAAAUACUGGAUUUCUAUAGAAUGUUAUGUAUUUCAUUUACAUUGUGUA